GCGGCGGGGAGCGGCGCGGGGGGAGCGGAGCGCGGGGCCGCCCGCCAUGGCCGACCAGAGCAACAUCCAGUCGGCCGCCUCCAAGAGCAUCCGCCCGUUCCGCUCCAGCGAGGAGUACCUGUACGCCAUGAAGGAGGACCUGGCCGAGUGGUUCAACACCCUCUACGAGCUGGACGUGCAGGCCGACACCUUCCUGGAGAGCCUGGAGACGGGCUGCGCCCUCUGCCAGCACGCCAACAACGUCAACCGCAGCGCCGGGGACUUCCAGCGGCGGCACCCGGCCGCCGCCGCCCGCAUGCGCGUCCCCCGGCGCGAGGUGGUCUUCCAGGCCCGCAACGUGGCGCCCGGCUCCUUCAUCGCCCGCGACAACGUCUCCAACUUCAUCCAGUGGUGCCGGCAGGACCUGGGCAUCCAGGACGUCCUCAUGUUCGAGACCAACGACCUGGUGCUGAAGAAGAACGAGAAGAACUUUGUCCUCUGCCUGCUGGAGGUGGCCCGGCGGGGCGCCAAGUUCGGCAUGCUGGCCCCCAUGCUGAUCCAGAUGGAGGAGGAGAUCGAGGAGGAGAUGCGGGACCAAACGGCCUCCGGCGCGCUGGGCGCGCACCACGAGGGCCGGGCCUCGCACUCCCGGGCCCUCGCUUCGGCCAGCGGGACGCAGCGCCUGGCCCUGUGCGACCUGAGGAACCUGGACGAGCUGGUGCGGGAGAUCCUGGGCUGCUGCACGUGCCCGUCCCAGUUCCCCAUGGUCAAAGUCUCAGAGGGUAAAUACAAAGUGGGAGACUCCAACGCGCUGAUCUUUGUUCGAGUGCUGAGGAGCCACGUGAUGGUGCGCGUCGGCGGCGGCUGGGACACGCUGGAGCAUUACCUGGACAAGCACGACCCGUGCCGCUGCGCCUCCCUCUGUGAGUGUGCCCCGGUCCCCAAAGCCCCCCACUCACCCCCCCCGUGGGGACGUUUCACCACUCCCGUCUCCCUGCGGGGCCGUUUCCCCAAAGCAGCUGCCAGCCCCAGCACCCCGCGCCGCGCCGAGCCCGCCUGCCCCGGGGACCGGGACCGGGACCGGCGGCUCCCCGUUCCCGGGGGCUGCCCCCCGCCCAGCGGCAUCCCGAAGCCGGCAGCCGGUGCCGUCCUGCCCCCGCGCGUCCCCGCGCACAGCUCCGCCAGCCCGUCCAGGAGCCCCGGCGGCGCCCUCAGGCCCCGUGACCCCGCUCCCGCCCGCGCCCGGCGCCACUCCGGGGACAGCGACUCCUCAUCGGUGUCAUCGGUGUCCUCGGCGGGGCCACCGCGGGGCCACCGGCCUGCAGCCCCCGCGGCCCCCUCGCCCCGCCGGCAGCCCCCCGGCCGCAGCUGCUCGGGCGACCGCAGCCCCCUGCCCCUGCGCAAGCCCCCCGCGGGCCUCUGGGACGAGCGGGGCCGCCCGCGUGUCCCCAACGGGCCGGGCACGGGGCCACCGCGUGCCCGCAGCCAGGGCCGCCCCGGCGCCGAGGCCGUGCUGCUGAUCCGCCGCGGGCGCGACGGGCAGCACUCGUGGGCACGCACCGACGGCGGCACCCGCACCCCGGCCAGGGUCCCGGCCCCCCGGCGCUCCUCGCUGCCCGGGGGAGCGGGACGGGACCGGGACAGGGACGGGGACGGCGAUGGGGACGCCUUCCAGGAGGAGCUGGAGGAGCUGGUGCGGAGGCUGCGGGCCCCGCUGCGGCUGGAGCCCGGGCAGGAGCAGCAGCUGCUGGGCAGGCUGGAGGAGGAAUUUUUGGCCAACACGCGGCUGAUGGAGCUGGAGGACGGCGAGCCCUUGCCCCCCGCCGCCCGCCCGACCCAGGGGACCCCCGAGCCCGGCGGCGGGGCGGCCGCCGACUCGGCCUACUGCUCCUCCUCGUCCUCCUCGUCCUCCCUCAACGUCUUCGGCAAGCACGGCGGGGCCGGGCCCCCCCCGGCCGCCCCCCACCCGCAGGAGGGCAGCGGGGGGCACGGGCGCCCGUCCAGCUCCUCGGACGAGAGCAGCUUGGUGCCGGCCUCCGGCGCCGAGUCCGACCUCGAGUGGGUGCCGGCGGAGGAGGAGGAGGAGGACGACGAGGGGCCGGGGGACGCGGGGAUGCCGGGGGUCCCCUGCCCCGCGCCCCCCGCCCCGCGGCCCCGCGCCAAGCCGCGGCUGGACACGCAGCCCGGCAAGAAGCCCUCCCGCAUCCCCACGCCGCGGCCCCCCGGCGGCCCCCAGCCCUGGCGGGCCCUGCAGAGCGUCCUCUCCUCCCUGCUGGAGCCCCCCUGGGCGCCACGGGAGGCCGAGGGGCUGGAGGAGGACGCCUGGCCCUGA